AUGUCCGGAGGCACGCGGAGGCCCGAUUUUCUCCGGGAUUUAAUGGAGCGCAACCGCGCCGGCAGCGGCGCAUCGCACCCCCAUGGCAUCCUCGAGGUCAUGCUGCGGCUUGUAGACGGGUUUGAGGGCCCCACCUUUGGCCGCCAGCACUCCGAGUUCGAUGCCUUGGUCAGCAACAUCUCGCAGCGUGAUGACACGUAUUUGAUCCUCGAAAGCAUCAACGAGCUCUCCGAGAAGUUGCUCAUGAUGGACGGCAUGACCGCCGAGCGCGUGAUCCGGCCAAAUCAGCUUGCUCGCGCGCUCGUAGACAUUCUCAACGACCCAGCCUUGGUGGAGGACCUCGAGCUCCACUUGGUCACGUGCCGCUGCCUCUACAACUUCAUCGAGGUGAACGCGGACUUCAUCAAUGACGCGCUCAAUUGCGAGGCAGUGGAGACGCUUGUGGCAAAGCUCUUGGAAAUCGUGUAUAUUGACUUGACCGAGCAGUGUCUCCAAACGUUGGAGAUCAUGUCGCGCGACAAGGGAGCCCAUUCACUCAUAUUGGCGAGCGACGGCUUGCGGGCUUGUUUGCAGAACCUUGACUUCUUGACGAUGCACUCGCAACGGAAGUGCUUGCAGAUCGUUGCGAAUGCGUGUGAGGAUAUCCUGGCAGUGUAUUUCGACUUUGUGCUGGACCAGUUCCAGAACUUGGUCAAUGUGGCCGAACACCACGACGACGCCACAGUGAAGAAGAGUGCGUGGCUUGGCGUCUCGCGCAUCAUUGACAGCUUCAAGGACAAGCCAGACUUCUUGGAAAAAUUGUUUUCGAACGACGUCCUUCUUCGUCACAUGUUGAGUGUGAUUUGCGACUCCUGUAACCCCUCGAACACUGAUGUUGGCCUCAACUUUCACUCCAUGAUAUCGUUGCUUAAGUCGCUUAUCAUUCUCAUCUCCACUUCGGUGAAGAUCUCGAGCCUUCUUCUUCAUUUGGGCAUAGGUGACUACAUCAAAAGCUCUCUUGACAAGUUCAAAAAGAAUGAUGACACGAAAACGCAACACACUGCUGAAAUCUCAAUUGAAGCGAUGAUAUCCUGCUCAAAGGAUCUCUUGUCAUUAUUUUUGCACGUCAUUGCCUAUUUAUCACCCAUAACCUAUUCACCCAAGGACACUCCGUUCUUGCCUGACGACGAGAAAAUAAGCCAAACGAAGAAUCGAAUUAAUUACGACAGAAACUUGCUGUACAGGAAUGAAGAUGCAGAUGCUUUUCGGAAUUUCACAAAUCAAGUGUGGCCUGUCUUGAUCGGUUCUUUCCAGGCCACCAUGGACUACUCGAUCAGAAAACAAGCGCUCAUAUGCCUUUCUCGAAUGGUCUCUUUUGCUGAUCCCGAACUGUUUGGCAAAAGAGACAUGGACUCUUUGUUCGGCAUACUUACUUCUAUUGUCAGCAGCGGAAAAAAAGUUGUCUCUGAUGCAUCUGUGACUCCCUCAUUGCAAGAGCGGUCUAUGAACGGGUCUGUUUUAUUGCUACUGGGUGCUUGUGUGGUGACACACAACAUAUUAUUGAAGUCUCAGCUAUCUUGUGUUCCUAUCCUAGAGAGAGAAGGUGUUUUCAGUGACUUGGCUCAAAUUUCUGAGUCUUUGCGAGCUGCAGGGCUACACGCGCCUGAUAGCAUUGUCAAUGAUAAAGCUGAAGGAGAGGUAAGAUUUAGUCGGUUAGCGAACGUUUAUCAGCAGAAAUUUGCUGAUAGAGAACUCGUGGAUCUUAGUCUGCGUAUGGAGCUUACUUCAAUUUUGAAGUACUUGGAAUCCGUGGCAGUGGCCAUCAAUCACUUUCGAGAGGAAUUUUCCCAGUUGGGAGAUAGUCUUACCUCGGAAAACAAUAAGCUUGCACUGAUUGUAAACACGCUAAAAGUUGCAGUGUCAAACUCUGCUUACACCUCCGAUGAUUGGAACUCGCUUUGGUCUAAUCUAGGAGAAGCUUUGAGUUCAAGCGAAGGCGGUAUCUCGAGCUUUGAGUUAUGUUCACUGGGUCUCUUGAACCAACUUACACAAUUGUUUCAAAGUCAAACUCAUUCGGAAAGUUACAAAGAUACAGCCACAAAAACUUUCAUUCAGGCUUUUUACAAGGAAAGCAAUAAACUUGAAAAACUCAUAGCUCUUCUUCAAGACUCAUUGACACGCGCCGAAUCUUUUGAGGUAACGUCAAGCGGUGUCACGAAUCCCAGUGGUACUGAGAGUGGCUUUGCAUCCUUGGCUAAGCAAAUUAAGAUCAAACUAAUCCCAGAAGAUGAACCUAAUGCUUCUGUAGCUCGGGACUCAAUUAUUGUUUCAGUGCAUGCCAUUGCGACCUUCAAAGCUAUUGAAAAAUUCUUGAAACAGAGAAACUUUUUCUCAGGAUUGGCAAGAAAUAUUGAAACUAACUCAGAACGAAGCCUGCCUGAAAACGCGGAGGACAUUCCAGAAACCGAGUUUGUAAUUGAUGGCUCACGUAUUUCCAAAGAAUCAACAGUUUUUGGUACUGUGUUCAGGUCGUUACACAAGUCAUCUCUAAAAAAGGUUGAACCUUUUGACAUAUGGGUAAAGCCACACGAAGUAUACUACAGAUCGUCCACAAAUGAUAAUGUUGAUGUUGCUGCUCCCGAGGUUGAAGAUUUUAAACCAAUAGACCCCAACACAAAGGUGCUUUUAGAUCUUUUGCGCACAUUUUUUAAGAUAAAUGAGUCUGUGGAAAAAUCAAAGAAGUAUAAAGCCCUUCCUGCUGAGGUAUUCAUGAAUUGGAAGUUGACUGUGAAACUAAACAGACAGUUGGAAGAACCAUUAAUUGUCGCAAGCGGGUCUAUGCCUUCUUGGACAAUCGCCACAACGAAAAAUUAUUCAUUCGUGUAUCCGUUAAACACGAGAAUGUUCUUUUUGCAAAGUGUUUCAUUUGGUCAUUCACGCUUGAUCCAUACUUGGAAUAGCCGCGCAAUCAAAGACAAGGCAGACAGUGGUAAUGAUAGCACUUCAGGAUCCAAUGGCAGCUUGCUGCUUGGAGCCCCCAUGAGAACAAAAGUUAGACUAUCAAGAGACACAAUCUUCAAAGGUGCGAUCAAGGUUCUUCAGCAGUACGGACUGCUGCCAACUAUUCUUGAAAUUGAGUAUUACGAUGAAGUUGGUUCUGGCUUAGGUCCAACAUUGGAGUUUUAUGCAUCGGUCUCUAAGGCAUUUUGCAAAAAGGAAUUGCUGAUGUGGCGGCAUAGUGAAAUCGAUGGUGUGUAUGCGGCCAGCACCCAAGGUCUAUUCCCAUCGCCUAUCAGUGUGAUGGGGAACGACGAGAAAGAAAGAAAAGUGUUGUUCCUCUUCAAUAUGCUUGGGGUCUUUGUUGCCCGUGCGUUGCUCGAUUCAAGAAUCAUCGACUUCAACUUCAACACGUUGUUCAUUUCACUCAUUCAGGACCCUCACUUCCUUGACGAUAUCUUUAUGAACAAAAAAGACGUGUCCGAGAUGAUUGAAGUUCUCCGGGACGUUGAUCUGGAUUACGCAAGAGGAAUGCAAUAUUUGACCAAAUUCUUGUAUGAUUUCAGAGGGACGCCAGAUGAUGACCGUGUUGAAUUUGAUGGAACUGAAUUAUCGGACUUAUCGCUUUACUUCACUGUUCCCGGCUACGCAGAUAUUGAACUCGUCGAGAAUGGAAGUAACAUUGCCGUGACGCCGCAAAACCUUGAAUCGUACAUAAGGAAAGUCACCGAGCAUUUGUUGUUGGGUGGGAUUGGAAAGCAGGUGCAGUCUUUCAGAGAAGGGUUCACGUCUGUAUUCCCCAUCGAAUCUUUGUCUAUCUUCACAGCAAAAGAGCUCAAAGAAAUAUUCGGAAGUGGCGAAGAAGAUUGGUCACGACAGACCAUUUCUACGUCAAUCAAGGCAAACCAUGGCUUCUCUCAAGACUCAAGAGCCAUAAAUAUGCUUGUGAAUGUUCUUCAGGAACUUGACUUAUCUGAAAGACGAGACUUUCUACAAUUCUUGACCGGUUCACCAAGGCUUCCUAUUGGGGGAUUCAAGGCAAUGCGCCCCGAGUUCACUGUGGUUAGAAAACACCCAGACGCUGGACUUUCAGGAGAUGAUUACCUUCCUUCUGUUAUGACUUGUGCAAACUACCUCAAGCUCCCAGACUACAGCCUGGAGCACCUAUUGAAGACUAAACUCUUACAUGCGAUCCGCGAGGGUGCUGGUGCUUUCCACUUGUCAUAG